UCAGCCUAAAGAGCCGGAAUGGACACAUCAGAAUCUAGAGUUGUAAAGGGCCAGAAGGCAGCUCCCAUUCCAAAUUACAUUACUGAGAGCUCUGGGAUAUAUGAACGAAGAUAUAUUGGCCACUGCGCUGCACAUCAAGUGUUCUGCAACUAAAAUACAACAGAAGAGUGUAUUUGCUGGAGGCCAGCAUAGAUGGAGAAGUUAUGUUUUUUUUUUUGUAUCUUUUUAACUCCACAGCAUCACUCGUGAUUCAAAGUAACAUCUACGAUCUGGAUUAUUGUUUUUCAGUAUUUGUUAUAAAAUUGUUUUAAAAAUGAAUACCGUCUUACAGAAACUGAACCAAACACGUGAGAGGAAAACACUAUAAACAAACUGCUUGGGAUUUUAACCAACAAGUAAUACACAUUUUAUACUCUGUAUAAAAAAAGAUCGGCCCAGACAGGAAGAGGCGACGGAGAGCAGUGGAGAGGCAAGAAGCUGUGACUCCGCUGACACGAAACCAACCGAGGAGCUGGAAGGUGAUGCUGUUAAUCCUGGCCUCUCUGAUGAUAAUUGUGGUCGGGGGGUCUCCCGGGGAGAGCUGGAGCCCCGAGACGAGCCCUGUGACAGAGGGGAGCCCAGGUGAGGCGGGCAAGGAGCUGGGCGAGGUGGCAGACUGGCCCUCCCCAGACCAUCUGGAGAUGAACGAGUUUGACGACAGCAGUGCACCUCCCCUCCAGUCCUCCUUGGACAACCUGUUCUCGGAGCCCUCUCUCCCCGAAGUUUCUGAGGACCAUCAAAACCGAUGGGAGCGCUCUGCUCCAGGCUCCAGGCAACAGAAAGGGUCCAAGAAGGGACGGAGAAAAAGCAAACCUUCAUCCAGGGGGGACUGCAAGAUACGGACCCUACACGUCCGGGUUCAAGACCUGGGGCUGGGCUACGAUUCAGAAGAGCUUGUGCUCUUUAAGUACUGCGCUGGGUCCUGCCAGCUCGCCCGCUCGAACCAUGACGUGACGCUCAGUACACUGCUUCAGAAGAAGAUCAUCCACGGGGGCCGGGGCGAGGAAAAGAUCAGUUCUCAUCCUUGCUGCCGUCCAAUCCGGUAUGAGCCCAUCACAUUCAUGGACAUCCAGAACAGAUGGAAGGCCGUGGAGAAGCUCUCAGCUGCAGAGUGCAGCUGCUUGGGUUGACAGAAGCACACCACCACCUCCUUUUCUAAGGGGAUGAUACAGAACAGACAGGGCAGAGCUUCUGUUCAAGGAAAUUGUGCCAAUGUGGGGUUGUGACCAGGGGGUGCCAGGAUUGUAGUUCAGAAUGGAAGCCAGCAAGUCUAGCGGCUUCUGUGGUGUCUUUUUACCUCCAGGUGGAGCACUGAUCAUGCAUUCCGAAACCACGGUAAUACUUCAUACUGGGACACCUUGAGGACAGGAGGAAAGACCGACCUGGUGGUAAAGGGCAUGAUGCAUUGCCUGGGCUUCAUUUUGACCCCUCCACCCCUCAGUUCUACUGCUUUCUAGGAAGUUGUAAAACAUCUUGCUAGUAGUGACAAUCCCUGCACCCUGGCACCCAUUAGAUCAGCCAGGGCAGGGCAGUGCACUUGCUAGUGGCUCUAGAGAUACAGAAAGGAUGGGGGGGUUAUCUGCAAACACUGCCACGGGUCCAUUAAUGCUGUCAGUUACACUUGCUGGGAAAAUCCAAGUACGUUUGCUUGUUUAUUCCUUGAAGUUCUACUACGGCUGGCCUCUGGAGACGAUGCUCUGUAGAUGGAAUUGUUUCAAAGGAGCUGCUUGGACAUGUGCACCACAGCUGAAGGAACCAAUAGAAAGGAAGGUGAAGUGAGCCACACAUAGUGGACAGUUUGUGUGUUAAAUUGGACUGACAUUACCUUUUCAAAAAAAAUACACGGCACUGGCAGAAAAGAAAAUAUAUAUUUAAAAUGCAUUGUUUAAAAAAGAAAGUGAGGUCAUUUUAUAGAAUGGAGCAAGUGGAUGUUUGGAAUGAAAGAAAGGGCUAUUUACUGUCAGUUGAAGUGUGGAUCAUGGGUUUGGAUUGCACAAUUCUGAGACCAUAGACUUGCAGGGCAAGCUUUGUUAGAGGUGCACAAGGGAAGGUGAAGAGAAGAGUUUGGGCAGACUACGUUUUUCUCUGAGCCGGCAGCAGAGCUGGGAAGACUAGUGGCAGUCCCUUUUACAUUAACAACAUCGAUAUUUCUUUAAAAGCCAACCAUCAAUAUACACCAUUUUUUGUUUGGUAUUUAUUUUGUAUGUAUUUACUCAGGAUAGCUCAACUGGAAGGCCAUGAGAGAGAUAGUGAUUAAAGCAGAGGAAGAGUCACUUUAGGAAUGCAAUAGUAAUUCACUUGCAGUCACUGACUUCCUGUCUCCCCUCAGUCAAGUUUCUGGAACAGUAAGUCUGCUUUACAACCUGUGCAUUAGCAUUGGAUGCUAUGCACCUCUGUGUUAUUGUACUAUAGGUAUUUAUUACUAAAACAAAAAGAGGUUUUGAAACUAGUGUCCCAGCUCACUGUCCUUCACCUUUGUUAUUUGGUUAUGGGCCUUAGACCCCCUCCCAGAAUGCCUAAAACCUGGUUUAUUAAUGCAAAUGUCUGCUGCUCAAUUGGUUGUCAGAUGCAGCAUGGUUCACCAGUGCUGUGUGAGAACCUAGUUGGUACUGUAGAAUCCUGGGGUAAUUCUGUUUGAUGUAAUAGUUAAAUGAAAUCCAAUUUAAGCUUGUCACAAUAAAAGUUUUUUUUUUUUUUAAUCGUAGUCACCACACUAACUUUUGGACAAUGAAAGAUAGUGUAAUCUUUCUCUUUUUCUCAGAAUUUUGUUUUGUAAAGACAUAGCUUAACAAACAUCAUCGCAGGAUUCUGGUUACCGUAGUUUUUGUUGUUUUGUAUUUAAUGGUGACCCCCUACCCACAAUCCUGCACAACCAUAUGUAGGAUCUUUCUGGUUAUAAGCGUUCACCUCUAGCUUAAUCUCUCAUUAGAUCUAGAUUGGGAAUUGUAAUAGUAAUACCUUUUUAAAGGUAAAAAAAAAGAACAUUAUGGGAAACGGAGGGAAGUGGUUAGUAGGGUUUUUUUUACAAAGGCAAUGAAUUUCUGUUUACUAGGAGAAGGGGGCUCUCUCUAACUGAAACGGGCUUGUCUAUAUUUCCUUUUACCACAAAAUCUAAAAUAUGUCUCCAUGUAUUUCAGAUAGGUGUGGAUGCAGUUGAUGGAUGUAUGACAGUUUGCAUUGGAUGCAAUUUAAAUGCAUUUCUUUUUGUGUUUCGAGAGCCCUCUUCAUUCCAUUCUACACUGCUUUAAGCACAAACAGCACCAUUGGAUGCUAUGCAUCUCCUUUCAUUAUUGUACUAUAGGCAAAGUAUUUAUUACAUUUUAAGUUAUUUAUUUAUUUUUUAUCAACUUGUUCUUUUAAAUACCAGAUUUCUAUUUAUUGUAAGUGGCCAUGUAUCUUUUUUUCAAUAUAUGUACAGAAUACCUCUUUAGUGAGAACCUGAAUGGACAACAACAAAAAAAACAAGAAAGACCACCCUGGUCUAAAUAACCCAGGCUGGUAUUUCUGGGUUUUCCCAGAAUAAUUCCUAAAGGUCUCUUCAGUUCUUAGUAAAUGGGUUGCAGCAGUUCUGACUAUUGAGGUCUUCUUUAUCUCAAACUCAGUGAUCUUAAACGUUAAGACGUCAAUAAUCCUAAACCUCUGUUGCAAAAUGAAACCACUGCAAUACAGGUUUCAACUUCAGUAUUUUAAACCAAUGGAAAAAUGAAUUUUGUAAAACAAUAAAGGAUUUAUUAUUAUUAUUAUUAUUAUUAUUAUUAUUAUUAUUAUUAUUAUUAUUAUUAUUAUUAUUAUUAUUACAAUUGUUAUUAUUAUAAUUAUUAUUCGCAUUGUUAUUUACAUUUAAAACAAAGUUUUCUGAGCUCUAUUUUUAUACAAUGCCAUUUCCUGCGUUGGAAUAAAAUUUUAACAGAUACAGAAAUUGCAUUGUUGCAGGUUCUUUCUAUAGAAGUAAGAAAUGGACAGCGCUGUUGCCUUACUGUGUGGGCCAAUGGUCAGUGAAAUUACGGUUUCCCCUGCUCGGACCUCAAGUACCAAGGAUGGGCCGCUCAGUCCUCAGCUUUAACCUGCAGGCCUCAUGACUAUAGCUGACAGUGCUGUGUGUGAAUCCAUCGACGGGGGGCUCACAACGAGGAGCUGAGUUUAAAUCCAUUGACUGGGGGCUCACAACGAGGAGCUGAGUUUAUCAGGCUGUGUGAAUCCAUCGGCUGGGGGCUCACAACAAGUAAUCUGUAAUCAGAAAAGGAUAUAGGGUGUUUCAGGAGGCAUAGCCUCUCCGUCCUUGGUCAGAUCUUAAUCUGUCUCAUUAUCAGCUGCUUUAGACUCAUUUACGAUAGUUUCAGAGCUGUUGAAAUCUAAACGUCAGUUUACAGACUAAGGACAAGGUCUCCACUCAAUCAAGGUCUUUGGUCUUUGGUGAUUAGGGAGAUUCCUACAGGUUUAUUUCUACCAUACCAUGCACAUGGACUGACCACAAUCUAUUCCUAUUGCUGUAAUACUGCAAUAGGACUGUGCUAUGACUCAUGGCACUGUUAAAAAUCCCU